CAGCGUUACGGGAGCUAUGACGAGGUGUGUGAGAGGACGACUGGCCGAGUCAGACUGUGCAAUUGGGUCAGGUUCAUCAAUAUUGCCCUCCACUUCUCACCUCAAGUCAAUAUGGUCGCCUCCAGAGUCAGGGGAUCUGUGGUGUUUGAGGUGGUGCGGGAGGUAGCCCCUGGGGAGAGAUUGCUCGCCUUCCUGCUGCCGGACAUGGGGGGAGAAGACACGCUGCUCCUGCCGGCGCUGACGCUGCUCCGAUCCUCACUCUACCGCCACACAAUCGACUCCAUCAUGUCGGAGGCGCCGCUGGAUCUCUCCCGGUCUCUCCUCACCGCCCCGUCCUCACCCCCGCUAGGGCUGUCAAAUAGAGGCGCUGUUAAACGCAAGGUUGAAGAACAGUUGCCUCUUCGUUCUCCUUCACCGCCUUCCCCAGCAACCAAUUCCCCGAUCUCACCUUUCCCGUCAUCCUCCUCGGCAUUCUUUCCGCUAAGACAGUCACCGUUUGGACUAAAUAUGACAGACCCAGAGCCACCCAGGAGACCUUCAUUUACUCUAAAUCUAACAGCACCUUCGUCAGUAGCGGCACCAAGCUGUAGCGUAUCCCAUACAGCGGUCAACACCAGCACGGUGGCGGGCAGCAGUGAGGUGACAUUCACGGUGGCUCCUGCCAAGCGGCGGGAGCGGACGAUGCUGCCGUGCUCGGAGUGCGGGAAGGCCUUUGAUCGGCCGUCGUUACUCAAGCGGCACAUGAGGACCCACACAGGCGAGAAGCCACACGUGUGCGACGUGUGCGGUAAAGGCUUCUCGACGAGCUCCUCACUCAACACACAUCGACGGAUCCACAGUGGCGAGAAGCCUCACCAGUGUGGCGUGUGCGGGAAGAGGUUCACGGCGUCCUCCAACCUCUACUACCACAAGAUGACCCACGUCAAGGAGAAGCCACACAAGUGUUCGCUGUGCACCCGCUCCUUCCCCACCCCAGGAGAUCUUCGCUCCCACAUGUUCGUCCACAACGGCCAGUGGCCCCACAAAUGCUCCGUCUGUGGUAAAGGCUUCAGCAAACUCACCAACCUCCGCAACCACGCACUACUACACGCAGAGAUGAAGAGGACAGAGCGGCACCUGGCGUCCCUCCCAGCGUCCCUCACCUCACCGGCGUCCACGAGUGGCUCAGACACUCCACUCACUCCAGCGGCCGCCUCCACCCCACCCAUAUUCUCCUCUUUCACCCCCUCCACCUCACAGUCUCCACCAACCACUUCACCUCCUCCCUCACCGUCCACCUCACAUUGUUUCUCACGCACUCCGAGUCCUCUACCAUCCUUACCUCCCUCCCCUAUCGUCGUAAAUACCUCACCCUCACCAGAGAGGCCCCUCACCUCAGAGUCUCCUGAGAGAAGCAUCCCUCCAUCACCUCCAGACAAAUAUGGCGCCCCUCAGACUCACCACGAAAAAGCCACAGUUACCACACCUCAGCUACCAGGCUCCCUCCCCUCCCUCACUCACAGAGAAACUCCACUCGCGACGAAAUCACACUCCAUCAUUAAAUCCUCCUCUCAUACUUCGUCAGGGCCUUCCUCCUCCUCCUCCUCCUCCUCCUCCUCCUCCUCCUCCGCGUCGUCGACUGCUUCGUCAGGUUCCUCGUCCUCCGUCAUCACUCACACACACUCGUAUCAAAAAUUCUCACUCGACAAUUUACUCAAAUCCACACAGGAUCACACUCUGUCUCCCUCACCCACGAUCCUGUCUGCGAAACACAUUAAAACUGGUUCCAAGUCUGAGGAAAAUGGAGAGGAAGAAGAAAAAAAAGAAGGGGUGAAGGAGGGGGUGAAGGAGGAGGAGGAGGAGGAGGUACAAAUUAUUCCUAAUAAUGGUGAGGAAGAGAAAAUAAGAAAUAAUAAGAGAAGUGGAGAGAAUGAAGUGAGUGUAAUAAACAGGUAGCCUGAUGGUCGUAGUAUAGAUGCCGGGGAAAGAAUUAUAUGCGAUGUUAUUUUGUUUUCUCCCGUAGACAAAUUUUCCUAUAUAGCUUUACUAUGUUUUACUUCUGAGCUUUAAAUUAGAGAGAGAGAAAAAAACACAUCAACCAUACCAAUAAGAUUAAAUCCUUUCUUAUUUAUGGUGGAUCAAAUUUCUUUUAGAAUACUUAUAGAAAUAAUAAUCUAUCUGUACAUAGAAGGGUUUUUAAGAUGCAGUGGUUAGGUUUAGAUCGUCUAUGAAUAUUCAAAUCAUUUAUAUAUUUAUGUCACAGUAACACAACAAAGAGGUUCUCGAGCAUUUUCACGACCGUCUUUUGUUUCCAAGGCCAGAAAGCCACAUUUUAAUCCUCAUAUCAUCAUCGUGUUGUGUACUUGACCUCUUGUUAAUUCCUGGAGUUUAUAGUUUCUUUUAUUAAAUGUAUAAACAAAGUGAGAGGCUGGAUGUGCAAUAUUGUAGUGUUAAAGUGUAUUUAUUUUCAUCUGUUUUUAAUAAAUUUCUAGAUAUGA